CCGGCAACAUGUCUGCUAUGCGAAUCCUUGGAGCGUUCAGAAAUAUUGCAAAUCAUACGUCACAUAACCAAUGCCGUUGGCUGUCAACGUCGGGGGUGCUGGGUGCAAGAACACAUUUGAAAUAUGAAGUCAAAGAUGAUGUAGCUGUAGUGAAAUUUGAUUCUCCGAAUUCCAAGGUAAACACACUAUCCAGAGAUGUACAGGCAGAGUUUACAGAAGUAUUUAAGGAGGUCAGUGAAAAUCCAGAUGUCAAAAGCAUUGUUGUGAUGUCGGGCAAACCAGGCUGCUUCAUUGCUGGGGCUGACAUAGGGAUGAUAGAAGCAUGCAAGACAAAAGAAGAAAUUGUAGACCUGUCCUCCAGAGGAAAACAAUUGUUUGAUGAGUUGGAGAACAGUCCCAAGCCAGUCGUAGCUGCCAUAAAAGGUUCUUGCCUGGGAGGAGGACUAGAGGUUGCCCUGGCCUGCCACUAUCGUAUUGUGGUGAAGGAUAGCAAGACUAAUCUUGGUGUACCUGAGGUUAAGCUUGGCCUCCUUCCUGGUGCUGGUGGUACACAGAGGCUGCCAAAAACAGUUGGUGUCCAAGCAGCACUAGACAUGAUGUUGACAGGCAAAAACAUCAAAGCAGAUAAAGGCAAAAAGAUGGGACUGGUGGACCAAGUUGUUGAUGCUCUUGGGCCUGGAUUGACAGACUCAGAAUCAGCAACGCUAGAGUAUUUAGAAGGUGUUGCUAUACAGGCAGCCAAAGGUUUGGCAAACAACACAUUAAAGAAGAAAGUCUAUUCUUCCAAAAUGAAUUCUCUCCUGUCUACUUCUUGGGGGAUGUCCUUUGUUAAAUCUCAAGCCACAAAAACAGUGAUGAAAAUGACAGCUGGAAACUACCCAGCACCUUUGGAAAUUCUAGAGGUUGUGAGCAAGCAAGUGACAGAAGGGAAAGAAAAAGGGGACGCUGCAGAAUCCGAGGCAUUUGGAAAGCUAGGCAUGACCUCAGAGUCUAAAGCUCUGAUUGGACUAUACCAUGGAGAUACUGCUUGUAGGAAAAACAAGUUCGGAAAACCAGAGAAAAAAGUCCAGAACAUCGGAGUGCUCGGCGCAGGUUUGAUGGGCGCUGGAAUAGUAGAAGUGUCCUUAAACAAAGUAGAUCGGGUACUGAUGAAGGAUGUCAACUCGGCAGGACUUGCCCGUGGAGAGGACCAGAUUGUGAAGGGAAUGCAAACACAAGUCAAAAAAAAGAAAUUAUCAAGUGCUGAGAAGGACAAGAUAUUGUCUACAAUGGAACCAACAUUAACAUACAAGGAUUUCAAAAACUGUGAUAUGGUGGUAGAAGCUGUGUUUGAGGAUAUCAACAUCAAACAUGCUGUCAUCAGAGAGGUGGAACAGCAUAUACCGGAACACUGUAUAUUUGCCACCAACACUUCAGCUUUACCUAUCACCCAAAUAGCUGCAGCCAGUAAGAGGCCAGAAAAGGUGAUUGGAAUGCAUUACUUCUCACCUGUAGAUAAAAUGCCACUGUUAGAAAUCAUAACAACAGACAAAACCUCAAAUGACACAACAGCCUCUGCUGUAGACGUUGGACUAAGACAAGGCAAGGUUGUAAUUGUCGUUGGAGAUGGUCCAGGGUUUUACACUACCAGGAUCUUGGCUUCCAUGUUGGCUGAAGCAAUCAGACUGCUACAGGAGGGUGUGACCCCAACACAACUGGACAAGUUAACCAAGAAGUUUGGCUGGCCUGUAGGAGCCGCUACCCUGGCUGAUGAAGUUGGUGUAGAUGUAGCAGCACAUGUAGCAGAAGAUCUCACCAAAGCUUUCGGCUCUAGAUUUGCUGGUGGAGACCCCAAUGUUCUAGGUGACAUGGUGAAAGCUGGAUACUUAGGACGUAAAUCCGGGAAAGGAUGCUUCGUAUAUGAAAAGGGAUCCAAAUCCCGUCCAGAGAAUGCAGGAGCAGCUGAGAUUUUACAGAAAUACAAACUUCAACCUCCUGUUGCAAUAACAGAUGAAGAUAUUCAAUAUCGCCUGUUCUCAAGAUUUGUGAAUGAAUCUGUGAUGUGCCUACAGGAGGGAAUUCUGAAAACGCCGUUGGAAGGAGAUAUUGGUGCAGUGUUUGGUCUCGGUUUCCCACCAUUCCUUGGAGGUCCUUUCCGGUAUCUUGACCUGCAUGGAGCUAAACAGUUGGUUGAGAAAAUGGAGCGAUACAGGAAUAGUUAUGGAGAACCAUUUGCACCUUGCCAACUGCUGCUUGACCAUGCUAAAGAUCCAUCAAAGCGUUUCCAUUAGAACCUGGGGGCAUUGUGAUAUUCUUGAAUCUUGAUGAACAAAUGUGACAAAGGAUGAACUGUGUGACAUGACAAUGAAGUGCUUGAAUUGAUCAAAUAUUAUCUAUGUUACAUGUAAUGUAACUGAAGUGUGAUAAAUGUGACUAAUCUUGUACAGUUUUCAGAUACAUAACAAUCUACAAACAUCCUUAUUUGGUGCAUCAUAACAAACAAAACUUGUCUAAAACAGAGUUGUGUUUGUUCUACUGGAUCAGCUGAUUGAUGAGGUUAUGAUUGUGAGAUUUUGAUUUGAGGACCUGCUGAUAUUUCAUGACUUUAGUAGGCUGUCUUACAUUCUUUCUCAAUUUCUAGCUAAAUGGUUUUGUCUAUGGAAUCCUUUGUUUUGUGAUUAAUUGGUUGGACUUUCACUUUCAACUUAACAUGAUGGAUUUGUUGAGAUUUCUUCUUGUUGUUUCAUCAAUUAAUUCUUCUGUGGAAAGUACUUCUAAAGUGCUUUCCACACAACGCAACCCCUUUAUCAUGACUGAAGUCCAGCUCAGGUAAUCUCAGAUCAUUUUAUAUUAUAUUUGUAUGAUAUAUUUACCAUUUUCAGUUUAGAUUAUCAACUAUUUAUUACUGGUAAAUCUUGAGGAGUAUAGUGGAUAUUCAUAUCAUUUAAAAAUUGAUCUUUGUAAUAAAUGCUGUUGUGAUUUACUAGAAA